GAGGUUGAUCGUUGUUGUGAUCCUGGGCAGUGUGCGCCAUUCUUCAUUCGGUGUAUAACAUUUCGGAGAGAUAGUAAUUUUGCAUUUUUCGAGAGCAUCGUAAUACCGUUCACUUCAUAUUUCCAAGCUUCUCAUUGUGAUAAAGUGGAAAAUAAGAUGGAUGUACAGUUGAUCCCGAAUGAGGAGCAGCAGGUUGCUGAGGAAGCCGUUGAAAUUACCCAGCCCCAGAGACCACCCUCUUACACUUCUACCGAUGCUCCGGUCGUCCGUCCUAACGGCCCAACCCAGUCACAGGGUGUGUACACAGCACAGACACAGCAAAGCUACAUCAUCCAGAACAUCCCUGUCCAACAAAACCAAGGAUGUUGCGGAGGCCGUUCUGAGUGGUUUAAACACUCAGUUGGCAUGACAACCGGUAUCAUCCAGCUCAUCCUAGCCAUCGUUGCUAGCAUCCUUUCUGGUGUGGCUAUCUAUCUGGAGUUCAGCUAUGAACUCUAUUUUAGUGCCACGGGAUCACCUAUCGGUGCAACCAUCUUAUUUUUCCUGCCUGCUGGCAUUCUUGGAGCAUGUUCUAAGAAGAAGAAUAGCUGUGUGAUCGUGGCCUACCUGGUCAUGUCAAUUUUGGCCGCCAUCCACGCAGCCCUCGUAUGUGCAUUGGAGAUCAGUCUAGCUGUUCUUAGCGUACCUUACGUCUGCCCAGAUUAUUUCCCCGACUACCGUACUGACUUACGUAAUUACGGAGAAGAUGGAAUUUAUCCUGACUCAUGUAACGAUGUGCGUUACAAGGGUCUCACUGCCAUCCACUCUGUGAUCGCUACCCUGAUGUUUGCCGAGUUCGUCAUCGCCAUCGUAGCUUGUGCCAUCUGUUGCGGAGGUCUUAGCUGCUGUUGCGCUCGACCCUCUACUCAACAGACCCAUUACAACCCCAUGGUGUUCUACCCUCAGAGUGGCAUGCAACCUAUCCAAGCUCAGAUGGGAGCCCAUGUUGUACAGGAUUCUUCUCGGACCGCCCUACCCAGGCAAUCGAUCUUCAGCCAUCUCACUGAUGAGCUAGUGUGGUACUGGGCUUGACGAUUAGAAAAGUUACGUAUAAUGCCAGCUUAGCUUGCCAUUGGUGGACCCAAGAUUCUUCGACAGGAGUGUGUAUGUGUGCGUGCGCGCGCGCGCGCGCGUGUGUGUGUGUGGGUACGAGAAGGUAUCCCUAAUAUCAUUUUAAUAUGAUGAUGUAGGUAUCCUAGUCUCAUUUGGUCAGGGACUGAAAUACAAUCUAAACCAACGCUUACGGAGAAAGAAAUUUGACAUACAAUUUAGAUGCAUAUAAGGCCCGACCAAAUCCCCUAAAAUAAUUCAAAUUUGGUUUGGCAUGGGGUCAGUAAGGCUUUUUGAGCCCCCUGACUCCGCCAUUCACUUAGCACUACCCAAUUAAGAGGCUGCAAAAUAUGUGUGUGGUUCCAAUCUAAUGAUACUGCUUUAUCAUACUGUACAAGCUUUGACCUUUAAUAGAUAGCGUAACAUUAUAAUGCCAUACAUCUUGUUAUCGUGCCUUUAUUUUGUAUAUAUUCGCGUUAUAUCUAUAUAGAUAUUUAAUAUGAAACUUACCUAUGUUACAGUUUACACGUUUAUCAAACAAUAAUGAAGGAAUUGCUAGAAGGUAUUUAGAAGAUGAAGAUAAAUAUAAUAAACCGUCAAUAAUCUCACAAGGAAACAUAUGACUCGAAAUUAUGUUUUCAUGUGUGAGUUUAUACCAGAUUUGGCUGCCUUUUUUCAGAGGCCUACACCUUUCACUUUAAUACCCCCAUCGGAACAAAUCAUAGGGUAAAAGGUUCAUAUUUUUAGUAGUAGAAAAUUAAGUAGAUAGAUAAAUAAAUAGGGGGACAAAAAUCAUAAGGCCGCACAAUUUCGGUCUAGAUCUCUUCGCGUAGGUAUUUGAAUCAACAGUAAGCAUAAGAAUAAGUUUCAGAUCGGAAUUAUUAUUUGGAAACCAAUGACACAAGAUAAAGAAAUCGCAGACUGUAGAAGGUACUAAGCAAGCUGCAUUGUUUAUAGCGUGAAGAUCUAAUUCGGAUAAAUGAGUUACAAAUUCACAAAGUAUCAGCAAAGAAUUAAAAACUAUUUUAAUCAAUCAAUGGCGGAUCUAGGCGUUAUUUAAAUAGGGGAGGGGAGGGGACAAAUCCAAAACUUCUCUGUCGAUUUAAACAAGCAAACAAAAACAAGCAACACAAUAAACCCAAUAGAAGAU